AGAAAAUGGAAACCCCGAAUUUGAGGUCUCAAAAACUCUUUAACCCAUAGGAUUCAACGUGUUGAAAUUUAAAAUCUUACGCGAUUCUGAAUUGUGGAAAAAGUUAAAGGAAAAUAGAAGACGCACAGUUCGAAAUGGGAACAAGAGUAUAUAUAGGAAGACUGUCAUAUCAUGCACGAGAAAAAGAUGUUGAAAGAUUUUUUAAAGGCUUCGGAAAAGUUAGAGAUGUUAUGUUGAAAAAUGGUUAUGGUUUUGUUGAAUUUGAAGACCACAGGGAUGCAGAUGAUGCUGUAUAUGAACUAAAUGGGAAAGAUUUGUGUGGAGAAAGAUGUACCGUUGAGCAUGCUCGUGGAGCUCCUCGAGGUGAUGAUAGACGUGAUGGGGGUAGAGAUAGAGGAGGUUAUAGAGACUAUCCUCCACCACGUAGACAACGAGGAGGAAGAGAUAAUUACAGAAGGGGCGGCGGCUUUGGACAGAACAGUGGUGGUGACAGGUAUGGACCACCUACAAGAACCGAGAACAGAUUAAUUGUAGAAAACCUUUCGUCAAGAGUAAGCUGGCAGGAUUUGAAAGACUACAUGAGACAGGCUGGAGAAGUCACAUAUGCUGAUGCCCACAAGCAGCACAAAAAUGAAGGAGUUGUUGAAUUUUCCUCAUACUCAGACAUGAAGGCAGCUUUGGAUAAAUUAGAUAAUACAGAAAUCAAUGGUAGAAAAAUCAAGUUGGUAGAAGACCGACCAAAAAGUAGUAGUAGAAGCAGCAGGAGGAGGUCCAGAUCUCCAAGUAGAAGCAGAUCCAGGUCAAGAGGAAGAAGGUCCAGGAGUGCAAGCAGAAGUCGCAGCAGGAGUAAAAGUUCAAGAAGCAGAAGUCGUAGUAGAAGUAGGAGUAAAUCAAGGAGUCCAAGUGUCGACCGUAAAGAGGUUUCAAAGUCUAGAUCAAAAUCACCAGAAGACCGUGGAGAUCAGGAUUGAAAUUAGGAAUUUUGUGAUCAUCUAUUGAUAUUUUCAUCAUCAUCUCAUAAAUUGACAUUUGAUGAUAUGAACAUAUGUGAUUUAUUUAGUACUUAGGGGUUUACUCAUGGCAUUAAACAGCAUUUGCUAGAUGAAUGCUGUUUUACAUGAUGUAAUAUAAAUGUAUAUCGAUAAACGUUCAUACAGCUCUGCAGCAUGAUAUGUCUUAAACCAUUCUUUUUACUUUAAUAUUUAUUUUUUUAAGGCUAUGAUGUAAGUAAAAGUCAUUGUAAAUAUCUUGUAUAUUUUGUUAUUUUGUAAUAUUGUAUUGUCUGUAUAUUGAUCAUGUGUAAAUAAAUGUCAUUCAAAA